AAGCCACGCAGAACCUGCCCCGCUCUACCCCUGGGACUCGGCGAGAAGGAAGCGGAGGCCCGAUCGGCCACCUUCGCCGCAGCUGCCUGUCGCUUUGUUUCCCUGCUGAAGCCUUAGCCGAGAGCUUCUGCAGCCAUGGUGAAAGUCUCGUUUAACUCGGCCUUGGCACAGAAAGACUCAGCCAAGAAGGAGGAGGAGGAGGAAAGGGGACAGAAUGAAAAAAACAGCUGCAGCAAUCAAGUGCUCAUCUUGUCCCCAGACACAAAGGAUCCAGCAGAAGUGGUGCCUCUUGGACAAAGAAGAGCUUGGUGCUGGUGUAUGUGUUUUGGAUUAGCUUUUAUGCUUGCUGUUGUCAUCCUUGGCGGUGCCUAUCUGUACAAAUAUUUUCAAAUUCAGGAAAAUGUUUACUUCUGUGGAAUUAAGUAUAUUGAGGAUGGCUUAACCCUAACUGACUCAGAUACAAUUGCUUCAGCUCCUCGCUAUCAGAUAAUUGAAGAGAGUAUCCAGAUCCUCCAGGAGGAGGAUGUUGAGUUCAUUAGUGUGCCAGUUCCAGAAUUUGCCGACAAUGAUCCAGCUGAUAUUGUUCAUGAUUUUCAGAGGAAACUUACAGCUUAUCUUGACCUCAGCCUGAAUAAGUGCUAUGUCAUUUCUCUGAAUACGUCAGUUGUUAUGCCACCAAAAAACUUCUUAGAACUGCUGAUCAACAUCAAAGCUGGAACAUACUUGCCACAAUCAUACUUGAUUCAUGAACACAUGAUAGUCACUGACCGCAUUGAAAAUGUGGAUCAACUGGGUUUUUUCAUUUAUCGCCUUUGUCGUGGUAAAGAGACUUACAAAUUGCAGCGUAAGGAAGCACUGAAAGGCAUUCGCAAGCGUGAAGCAGAUAAUUGCCGGAUAAUUCGACAUUUUGAGAACAGAUUUGCGAUGGAAACGCUUAUUUGCGAAGAAUAAUAAGGAAUGUUACUGUAACAGAAAAUUAAAAAGAUACUUCAAUUUAUCCUUUC